UUACAUCACAGUAUAAUUGUUGGAGACUGAGUGGAACACACUCUUCUAAUGGUGCGCUCCAGAGUGCAUUAUAGACCUCACUAGAUUAAUAUAUUAUAGUAAGCUUUACCAUUAUUAUAAAUCCUUUUGAUGGAAAAUUUCAGGCUUCUCAGGCAAUUAUUUCUUAAAAGCAAGCACGUGAGCGCACCGACACAGAUACAACAAUAUGGAAAUCGACAUGAACAUUAACGAUAUAUUGCAAGUACUGCGAGAAACGAUAACGUUUCUGGAAUGUCUUGGCGACGCGCAGCUUCCGCUUACGCUCGAGAGCUUGAGGGAGAAGCUGUUGGUACGGUCGAGAAGCACUUUAAGCGCCACGAUGGCUCGAGCGUCAUCCCCGGAACCUUACUUGGAUAUGAAGUCCGGGCCGAGAAGCUUAUUGUUGACCAAGAGUAAAGCCGAUUCAGAAGAAUACGUCGGAAUUGAAGAAUCUCAAAAGGGUACCCAGAUUCACCCUUGCACGAACACUCAUCAGGAUUAUUACGAAACCUUCGAAAAUGGCGGCUCUCUCCAGACCGCGGGCGCGUCAUCGAUCACGAAUGUGAAAUAUCUCAAGCAAAGCGACGAUCGAGACGAGGGGGGCCAGAUGCUGAUCGGAAUUUACAAAAAUGUUUCGGCGAUGCAAAUUAAAAGCAAGUGUUACAAAUGCGGCCCGCUCUACAGGAAAGAAGGAAAGAAGUUGUUUCUAUCGGAAAGUCGUGCUUGCUGGAUCGCAUUGGUUGGAUCGCAUCUACUCAUUUAUCGAAGCGAACGGCACAAUCGAGCGUAUGCGAUCUAUUCGAUUCAGGGUUAUAAGGCCCGCCCGGCGCCAAAUAUGAUUCCUCGUGACCGACAAAAGAGCGAAUCAGCCUUCGAAAUAUAUAGCCCUGGAAACGAAACGUUACAGUUUAUUGCGAGAUCGCCAAAGGAGAUGGACCAAUGGAUAGCAAAAAUCUGCGAAUUAGAAUGUUGCAAUGAGAGCGAAAGGAACAAAGUAGUGGAAGCUCACGAAAAGAAAAGGCGGGCUACUAUUGUCGAAUCCUCGCUAACAGACGCUCACAGCCAUAGUAACGAAGCAACGCGACGUCAAGAGAGAGAAGAUGCUGAAAAAUUACUUGUCGUCGAUAACUCAACGGUCAAAGCCGAAUUGCCGAGUAACAGGAAUAAAGUUGAGCGAAAAGAGAACACAGAUGAAAAGGCGCCUUCGCUACCUGCCCGAAUACCUCGAAGGCUUCCCUCUUUACCUCCCGAUAACGGGAUUCUUACGGUGUCCUCUUACAGAGCGACCGUCGACGGUGACGACGACGAUGAUGAUGACAUUUAUCACAGAAUCGAAGACCUGAGAAAUGAAACGCGUUAUCAAAAUAUGGUAUUGCCAAAAGAAAAGCAGGUUGGUAUUAGUGACGAAAAGCAGGAGGAAGCUAUCGCGUAUGAUGACAUUGGUGCGCACAACAAAAAAAACGAGAGAAAUGAGAAGAUGAUGGAAGGUAAGUCCUGUGAUGCAAUAUCGUCUCAAGAGACAUACGAUGAUAUCGUUACAUUUUUGCGAAUAGACGCUACAAGGAUCGAGCCGAAACGGAACUUGGAUAAUGAUACAUCUAUCGAUGUAUCUAUCGCUGACGGGGUGAUCGAGAAAAGAGAAGAAUUUUACGACGAUGUGGAAAGUUUGAUUCCACAUGGAAGAUUCGUCAAAGAUGGUGCCAAGAUUGAAACGUCGUGCAAGUUUCAACAAAAAAAGUCCUUUCUGAAUAGAGUUUUGAGUAGAAGAGAAUCUCCCAGCAAAGAAACGGACAAGAGAGAGAGGUAUCGUUGCAAAGAUAAAAUUUCGUCGAAUUCAGCAUCAUCUUUGGAUACGGAAAAAACGCCUACUUAUGACGACGUGUCCGAUCUGACGUCGAAACAGGAUUAUCAGGCAGAAUUCUUAACGGACGAAAGCGAGGAAUUGCCAGAAUAUAAUCAUCCUCCUCCACCCAGACCAAUUUAUCAAGUAAAAUUGCCCGUGAAAGGUCAAAAUGAGCAAGAAUUUUACGACGAUGUUAGUGCCCAUCAAGAAGGGCAUAAUAAAAAUUCUCAGCAGUCAACACAGAAUUCAUGUAGUACGAAAGUAAACGAAGCUGAAUUUAACGCGAUGUAUGACACAGAAUCGGAAACGAACGCUCGAGAAGAGACGGAGCAUUAUCAGUCACCAAGAAGCGACUUGUGUGUUCGCGACGAUGCCGAUGAGAAUGAACAAUUGUAUGACGAUAUAGCGUUGUGGGCUGACUUCACGGCACGACAAAGAGAGAUUAUCGACAAGAGAGAGACCGAAGAUGCUAAAUCAGUUAGUUUGGACAAAAAGGCUUGGAAUCGAUUUACCAUCAACCGAAAAUCACGAGUCACGAGCGAUUUUAACUGCUCCACCGAGCCAAAUAGACGAGGCGGUAACGAGGGAAGCGACGAGAUCGAGGAUUCGCCUGAGAAUAGUGGUAUGAUCAAAAGAAACACUUUUCAAAAAUUGAUCAGCAGAAUGGAAAACUCUCUCGCUAAAGUUUCCGCGAGAAGUCCGUCUUCGCUCUCGACGGGCAAGUCAAAUGUAUCGAGUAAUAGCUCGUAAAGAUUGGAUUUAUGCCAACUUGCGCAUCUCGUCUCGAAAGAAUCUAUAUAUAAUAUAGUAUACAGCUUUAAAAUUAGAUUCACUAUAUAUAUAAAAGAUUAAUAAACUUAUGCAUGUAAUAUGCAAGUGAGCAAGUACAUAAAGCGAGUGUAUUUAAUAAUAUUAUAGUAAUUUUAUAUACACACAUACACACACGCGCGUGCGUGCGUACG